AUGUCAUUAUCGUCUUCUACCCUCUCGUUGAAAUUCAUGCAACGCGGUAUAGCCCGUUCGACACCUUCUACACCCCUUUCAGGUCAAUCAAACACCAAUAGCUCAACCGUAAACCAUUCAGAUUCUCCCUCUACCCCAGCGGCGGCGGCGGCGGCGGGACCUUCAACGUUGACUUCCACACCAGGAUCAAAUAAUGCAUAUCUGUCAGCUACUGCCUCGGCAGCUUCACGGGGAGAUAAGAUGAUCAUUCAAAAUCAAGAAGAAUGGUUUAUACCUUCUUCUACUACCAGUAAACGUGCCAAGUUCGAUGAAGGACUAAAAGGACAAUCAAGUGGUGGUAAUGUCACAGUAUUCGAGUCGAGCUACGUACCGUUCUUAUCUACCUCGGGACCAAGUAUCACGGGUGGUGGAGGAGGAAGGAUGACUUUUGGUGGAUUUGGAAAGAAACCAGAGGAAAAGGAAAAUGAAAAUGCUAAUAAAAAUGAUGAUGACGAUGACGACGAGGAAAUGGACGAUGGUGAUGAUGAUGAAAGCGAAACCAAGGCGGUCAAGAGGGAAAAGAAGGAAGCGAGGAAAAUUAAAACCGAAACAUCUUCUUCUCAACGACAGCAACGUACAUUCUUGAAACCAGCAAUAUCACCACCACCUACACCUUCGUCGUCUUCAUCAUCCCCCCGUCCAAACACCAAUACAAAUUCAAGUGCUACUCCUACUACGGACAGGAAAUCGAAAUUCAAGGCUAAUAAUUAUAAACCCCAACAGAACCAAGUUGAAAGACCGAUAUCAAUAGCAGAGAAAAUGCGUCAAACAAUAACAUCGAAUCGUAAUCCAUCUUCUCCUUCUUCGAGCUCUUCCCAUGUAUCGAACAGUGUAUCACCAGCACCAGCUCCAGGUUCUACAUCGUCGGGCUCAGGCCCAAACUCAAAGAAGGAUUCAAAGAAGAAAAGACAACAUUCUACUAAUGAGAGAGAAUCAACCGGACAAAUCUCUCAUUCAUCAACGCCUAACAAUAAGAAAAUCAAAGUUGAAUCUUCAUCAUCAUCAACUCCUAACUCAAAACAUUCCACUAAUCCAAAUAGCAGUGCGAAUCCCAAUAAGAGAAUGUCGCUGGAUGAAAGGGAAAAAAUGAUCAAAGAUGAAAAGAAGAAAUCUAAGAAAAAGGCUCAAUCUAAAGAAGGUAAAUAA